AUGACGGCCAUUUGGCGGUGGACGAUUGGCUUUUCUCAUUCCUUUACGUUCAGUGAUCUUGGGCUUCAUUGCGUUCAUUGUAAAAAUAUUUCUUGUCAGACACAGAAGUUGCGUCCUCAGCAUAAGAAAGCCGAGGCUCGAUUAUGCAAACAAG